GAGUAACGCUCACCAGGCGCCCCGGCCCUGCCCCUCACCUGACCAAUCAGGAUGGCCGGCCGAGGCCCCUAGAACAGCUCAGGGGGCUGCGGCGGCUACGGCGGCGCAUGCUAGGGGAUUCUGCCGGGUAGAAGAGCUGGGCCUGGAACCCAGCCCUGAAGACAUCCUGCGGCCCAGGGGCAAGUGACACCUGCUGAGAGAGGCCCAGGAUGGUGGAGGCUGAGGAACUGGCACAGCUGCGGCUGCUCAAUCUGGAGCUCCUGAGGCAGCUGUGGGUAGGGCAGGAUGCUGUGCGGCGGUCAGUGGCCAGGGCAGCCUCAGAGUCAAGCCUGGAAUCCAGCAGCAGCUACAACUCAGAGACUCCAUCGACCCCAGAGACAUCCUCAACUUCCUUAAGCACCUCCUGCCCACGGGGCCGGUGGUCUGUGUGGGGCCCACCAGAUGCCUGCCAAGGGGACCUCCGUGAUGUGGCCAGAUCGGGGAUAGCCUCUCUCCCACCUGCCAAAUGCCAGCACCAGGAGUCCCUGGGCCGACCAAGACCCCACUCAGCACCCUUGCUGGGUACCUCAAGCCUGAGGGACCCAGAGCCCUCAGGGAGGCUGGGUGAUCCGGGACCCCAGAAGGCACAGGCCCUGAGGUCCAUCCUGGCUCAACAGAGCAAACUGUCCAAGCCCAGGGUGACCUUCUCUGAGGAGUCUGCAGUUCCUGAGAGGAGCUGGCGCCUUAGGCCAUACCUGGGCUAUGACUGGAUUGCAGGGUCUCUGGACACCAGCUCUUCUAUCACCAGCCAGCCUGAGGCCUUCUUCUCGAAGCUGCAGGAGUUUCGGGAAACCAACAAGGAGGAGUGUAUCUGCAGCCAUCCUGAACCCCAGUUCCUAGGCCUGCGCGAGAGCAGUGGCAGUGGCGUGGAGGAAGACCAUGAAUGCAUGUACUGUUACCGUGUCAACCGGCGCCUGUUCCUGGUGCCUGUGGAUCCCGGCACCCCCUGCCGCCUGUGCAAGACACCGCGAGACCAGCAGGGCCCUGGGACCCUGGCGAAGCCAGCGCAGGUCAGGGUGAGCAUCCCGCUGUCGAUCCUGGAGCCCCCGCACCGGUACCACAUCCACCGGCGAAAGAGCUUUGACGCCUCUGACACACUGGCUCUGCCCCGGCACUGCCUGCUGGGCUGGGACAUUUUCCCUCCGAAGUCUGAGAAAAGCUCAGCCCCCAGGAACCUGGACCUCUGGUCCUCUGUCUCCGCUGAGGCCCAGCACCAGAAGCUGUCAGGCACCAGCAGCCCUUUUCACCUGGCCUCGCCAGUGCAGGUGCCGCCCCUGACCCCGACCUGGUCAGUGCCCCAGGUCCCUCGGCCCCACGUCCCAUGGCAGAAGCCCUGAGGACUGACUCCUGGAGGAGAACAGCAUUCCCGCUGCCUCCAGCCUCUCCCCUCUGGCCGGCGCACCCAGGAGAUGGAAGCCUCUGCCCGCCCAGCUCAGGCCCGGCUGUCCUAGGUUGGGCAGGUGGGUGGACCCAGGCUUGUCUGCUGCCUGGGUUCCAGAGAGGGAGGACCCUGGGGUAGAGGGUGAGGGAUUCUGUGGAAGUUUGUAAAUAAAGCUCAGUGCUCUGCA